UGUUUUGGGCUGAGUUUGCAUAAAAAAGCAUGGCUGGAGAGUGUCUUCUCCUGCUGGAGCUGCUGGGCCCCCUGCAGCCGGAUAAGGACACCAAAGAGGAGGAGAGUGUACCGGAGGAUGAGGGGGACCAGGAUUCGGAGUUCGUGGACGCCGAGGAGCUCUGCAGUGGCGGCAUCAGGGCGGGCAGCCUCCCUGGGCGCAUCCGAGUUUCUAUCCCCGAUGAAAACACUAAAGAGAGGUACACCGUGCAAGGCCGGUUCCCGCUCGUAGGUCCUUGGUGGCGAGUGAAGGUUCGGGUUGUAAAGCCUGUGCGAUCCAAGGUCUACCAAGCUCAGGGAUUUCCUUCCUACUUCCUGCAAACCGAUGUGUCGCCACGGCAUCGCAAAAACAUCUUUUCGCUGUUCCUUAAAGAAUGUAACUAUGCACUUAGAGAUAAGUUCAUGAAAUGGGUAGAGAAUGUGUUGGGCUAUGAAAAUCUAAACUUCGGGAACCUGCGGGAGACGCUGAGGAACUUUGAGAGAAGAAAUGGAGAGAAGAGUAAAGAGCAGACCACACAGAGUGAGCAGGCCACACAGAGGUUGCCAGUGGAGGACUCGUUUGCGUUUGUGAGUGUAAUGAUAGCUUUGCGGUUUCCAAAAGUCAUGCAGUUCCUUCCAGUUCUUCUUCCUCGACACUUUAGAAGGCUCAUCAGCUCAGAUUCUGAAGAGGUGUUGCAAAAGAUGGAAGAUGCCUUGGGUACACAUCCGUGGAAGCUCGGGUUCCGAAGAAUAACCUACCGAGAGAUGAAGCUUUUGGCCUGCGAAGCCAGCUGGACGGCAUUCGGCCAGUGUCCCUCUCUGCUCCAGCUAAUGACCGAGGAGCAGAAGAAUGCUCUGGUCAUAUAUUCUCAGCUGAAGCACAUAUGUAGAGAAGACGGGCACACAUAUGUUGAAAUAAAAGACUUGACUUCAGCUGUGUCAAAGUACAUGUCCUUCCAGGAAGUGUGCGGGUCUCUGGAGUUUAUGAAGGACCUUGGCGUGGUGAUCUACGAGAAGGACUGCAUCUUUCUUUCUGAACUGUACCAGGCCGAGCAAGGCAUCGCCUCCGCCAUCUGCGACCUGAUGAGCAGACCCCCGUGGCAUUUACAAGUGGACGUGAGGAGCGUCCUGGCAUCAAUUUGCAAUGGGAAGCCCAAAGAUUCAGGAAGUGCUGAGGUGGUGGAAGGAAGCCAGGUGGACGAAGUUGGGUUAGAGCAGUGUGGCAGUGUCUCAGACCCGCAGGACCGUGGUGACCACAUCAGGGAUAAUGGCGAUCAUGACAUGGCAGCAGAAAUAAAUGAUGUCCCACUGGACCAAGAUCAGGUGGCCGCGCUGGAAAUGAUUUGUGCCAAUGCUGUGACGGUUCUCAGCGGGAAGGGUGGCUGCGGGAAGACCACCAUUGUCAGCCAUCUUUUUAAACACGUGGAAGAGUUGGAAGAGAGAGAAGUUCGGCAAGCUUGUGAGGAUUUUGAGCAGGACCGGGAUGCCUCAGAAGAAUGGCUUGCCUUUCCUAAGCAGAGUGCAGCAGCCGUGGACAAGGCUGUAGAAGUUUUGCUCACGGCGCCUACUGGGAAAGCAGCGGCUUUAUUGAGGCAGAAAACCGAUCUCCUGGCUUACACGCUGUAUCAGGUCAGUUAUAGCUUCUAUUUUUGGAAGAAACUUAAUGUGGACAAGCCAUGGAAAUUCUCGACAGUUCGAGUUCUGGUCGUGGACGAAGGGAGUUUGGUGUCUGUGGGGAUCUUCAAAUCAGUAUUAAAGAUACUGUGUGAGCAUACCAAACUCUCUAAGCUUAUAAUCCUUGGUGAUAUCAGACAGUUACCCAGUAUCGAACCUGGCAACGUGCUUCAGGAUGUUUUUGAGACUCUUAAAUCGAGGGGGUGUGCCAUUGAACUAAAGACAAACCACAGGACAGAGUCCCAGCUGAUUGUGGACAAUGCUACAAGGAUCUCCAGGCGCCAGUUCCCAGAAUUUGACGCAGAACUAAGUAACACUGAUAAUCCCAUGCUACCCAUCUCCAUUCAAGAUAAGACAUUUAUUUUUGUCAGACUCCCUGAAGAGGAUGGCAGUACACAGUCUUCUAAAGGCGAACACCAAUCUAAUUUAUAUUCUGCAGUUACAACUUUGCUUCAAGGAAAGGACUUUGAAAGUGCAAAAACAUCACAAUUUAUUGCAUUUAGAAGGCAAGAUUGUGACCUCAUCAAUGACUGCUGCUCUAAGCACUACACGGGCCAUUUAAUCAAAGACCACGAGAAGAAACUGAUCUUUGGAGUUGGUGAUAAAAUCUGUUGUACCCGGAACGCAUACCUCUCAGAUUUACUCCCUGACGAGGACAGGGAAGCCAACGGGAAAGGCUUUGAACUUGUCCUUUCUGAUGCCGCCUCCUCUGAUGCUGCUGCUUCUGCUGCUGCUGCCUCUUCUGACGAUUUCAAAAGGAAGCAGGAUUUUGAAAGUGGCAUUCGACUGUGCAAUGGGGAAAUAUUUUUCAUAACAAAGGAUGUGACGGAUGUAACUUUCAAAGCAAAAAGACUUGUGACCAUCAAUAAUGACGCUGGCUUGGAAGUGACUGUGGACUUCAGCAAACUAAUGAGGUCCUGUCACAUAAAACAUGCCUGGGCAAGGACUAUCCAUACUUUCCAGGGGUCGGAGGAGAACACAGUCGCCUAUGUAGUGGGGAAGGCAGGCCGCCAGCACUGGCAACACGUCUACACCGCAGUGACCAGGGGCCGCUCCAGAGUGUAUGUCAUCGCCCAAGAGUCGGAGCUCAGGAGCGCCAUCCGGAAGCGCAGUUUCCCCAGGAAGACGCGUCUCAAGUACUUCUUGCAGAAGCAGCUCCUCUCCAGCGACUGUGCAUCUCCCACAGGCUCUCUGUCCCAGCCUUCAAGUCCUCGAGCUGGAGAAAGACCCAGCACACAGCCUCCAGCCUCACCCUUCUGUAGAACCCCAGACAAGAGAGCCACUACAAACAGUGCCCGGGGUGAAACACCUUCAGCCGCCAAGGAGGGGUCCGCCUUUGAUGGAAGAUGGCUGUCAACUUCUUUUAACGACCCAGACACCGAGGAGUCGGCGCAGCCUCGAGGGUCCAAAAGGACUGGCGAUGACUUCCCAUUUGAUGAGGAAAGCCCCAGCAAAUUCCAAUUGGUUGAAAAACCAUCUCCACAAGUGUCUUCUAUAUUUCAGAAUUUGAGGUUGAAUAACCUAGCUCCUCGACAACUUUUCAAACCCACUGACAAUCAAGAAACAAUUAAGUCAGGUGUGGUGGGUCACACCGAUAAUCCCAGCAAGCAGGAAGCAGACACAGGAGGAUCUUGAGUUCCAGGCCAGCCUGGGCAACAUCAUGAGACCAUGGACAGGCACCACCACCAAUGAAAACCUCCAAACAGAAAGAAUUUUACUUCGUAUUGCUCAAAAUAAUUAUUUUUCCUGGGUGCUGGAGAGAUGGCUCAGUGGUUAAGAGCACUGGCUGCUCCUCUAGAGGUCCUGAGUUCAAUUUCUAGCAAUUACAAGGUGGCUCACAACCGUCUAUAAUAGGAUCAGAUACUCUUUUCUGUCACGGAGGAAUAAUUAUUUUUCUCUUCAAGACUAGAGUGACAAAGUGAACAUUUUAGCUUCACUGUUCCAAGCUAAGAGAAUAUUGCUUCGAACUGGGAUUUUAAUUUGGGGCAUUUGUAUUUGGGGCAUUUUUACUUGUAUUUUUAAAUCUGAAUUUUAAAAUGUAUUUUAAAUUCACCCAAUCAAAGCAAACCAUUCCGAUCUCAUCCUGUGUCCGGAGAUUGCAGGGAAUGAUGUCAGGUGCUUAGGAACCCCCCCCCCCCGCCCCGUUUUAGGGGUGAGUUUUGUGAUAAUGGUGCAUGACCACUGUGGGUCACCUUUGUGAGUUUACUGAAGCAGAGGAAAGGUGGGGUGACCUUGAUGGUCACACAUUCAGGGGUGCUAAAUUUACCACCACAGGGGGGCAUUUACAAAGGCCUUCACUCACUCAGUCCUGCUCCUGGGACUCAGCAUUCUUGGGACUUUCCUUGGCUAUGCGUUUUCCUAGUUGGGAGUAAGUCUUGAAAUAUCCCAUUGUAGGAGCCUUUCUCUUAUGGCAGAUUGUUUAUUUAUUUAUUUUUUUAACGUGUUGAUUAUCCAGUGGUACUGUGGUUUGAAUGGGUCUCCCACACACAGUGUGGGUUGCACUGUGGUAGUGGAUGCCUGAUAAAAGUCACUUUUUGAUGUCGUAAGAUAUGUUUUUUUUUUUUUAAUUUUAUAUUUUUGAUUCUUUUUGCCAUGGGAUGGCAGGUUCUCAUUAGAUGUGCACACUUCUUGAGCUUUGCUUUAUUGCAGUUCUCGGAUAGUUAUGUUAUUUAUAUAUUGCCAUUCUCCUGCAGCUCAGGUCAUAGAAACUUCUGGCAAAGUAUUUUAGUUGUUUUCCUGUCAGUACAGAGACAUUUUUCUUUCUUUUUCCUUUUCUUUUUGGGCUGGGUUUAAGCCCAGAUGUGGGGAUUCAUACAUUCUAAGUGAGUUCUUUACUACUGAAUUGCAUCUCUAGCCCUAAACAUAACUUUUAUUUGUACUGAAAAACAAGCAAACAAAACAGUUGUGGGCUCUUCUGAUUGUAAUAUUUCCCUGUUGCUGUGCUGUGGGGGGUUCUAAUCUGCAGUGUCUCCAAGACACGCCUUUGUGGGUCAAUACAUUCAUUAUUCUGUUUA